CUAAAGCAAGAAAGAGAGAAGAACUGAAGUGGAUGAAGAGAUUUCUUACUAUCCAAAUUCCUCCAAAACCUCAGAUUUGGAAAAAACAGGUAACAGGAAGGUUCUUCUACUGCUAAUGGGCAUGGAUAUUGAAAUUUUAACUUGACAGUACAUAUUUAGACAAAAAAAGUAAGGAUAAGUGAUGUCUUGUGGAAAAAAAUACACUCACAAAGUUUUAUAAAUUCAUAUUGGACCAAUAGGAAACAUGAACGAACUUCUUAACUGUCUCCUUUAGUAGUAGCUAUGGAAAACAGAAUAUCUCCAUUCCUUGAAUUACAGCAAACAUAUACAUUUUAUUAUUUUAUACUUAGACUAGGAAAGGAGUCAGAUGUCAGAGGUUUGCCCUUAGCUUCUGUCUGCCCCAACUUUUCCAGCUGUACAGGGACUAUGCUAUGCCUCACUCCAGAAAGUGCAAAUAGGAGACACUCCUGAGCUGUUUAGUAGCAGAAUAAUAACAUUUUAAAAGUGGCUGUUUUUUCAGAAGUAAAAUAUCCAGGGAGUGAGCAAUAUUUCAAACUCAAAAACCCCCAAAACCUAAAUGCAGUAAUUUCUUUAGUACAUUUGCAUGCAAUGCACUAGAGGGCUCUCAGGAGUUACAAAUAGAUGGAAUGCACUUUUGAAAGGCACAUACUUCACAGGACUUUUCAUUACAGAAUUUAAAAUAGAAGUUGCUGUGGUUUUGUUGGGGGGGGUUGUUUGGUUUGGGGUUUUUUUAAUAACGUGAAGUUCAUGUAAGUUUAUAGCAGUUCAUAUGCAACAACCUCUCAGUAAAGUUAGCUUCUCAACAGUUCUUAGCUUGCAAUGAAAUACCUAAAUGUGAAUCACACUUAAAAGUGAAAUAUGUUCUAGAUGCCAGCUUUUACUCAGUUUCUUUUAUUAACCUAAGGAGUUUACCAGAACAAAGGAUGUGUCAAGCUGAAUCGUUUGCAAAGAAGAUACAUAGAUCUUUUAGACUACAAGCCAGUAAACUUUGCUUACGCAGCUGGCUCCAUUCAUUCUCUGAAGCCAAUCACUUCCUCUGUGGUGGCUGAUAAGAAUUUAACAGUUUGAGAAGGUGGAGUGUCAGCAUCCUUAGUGCUGACCACUUUCCCAGGCAUAUCAGUAGCCUCUGUCCGUCACCCAUGCUGGAAACUACUUGGAAAACGAGAAAUAGAAAUUGGGGAAGGGAAAUGAUGCAUCAUCAUCCUGGCUGGAAUGUACAGAAGACUUUAUGCUGUUUUCAUCAUGUGGAUUCACUAGAGAAAUGACCCCUUUUGAUCAGCCAAGUAAAACCAAAAACUUCUUUAUUUGCUGCCUGUGGCCCUCACGGCUACUGAGGCUCUGGACUUGCAGGCGCCCAAGGACAAGGAGGAAUCUGCUCGUGGCCACUGCGUGUGUGAUCUACCUGGGAUUCCUUGUCAGCCAAGUGGGUCGUGUUGUACCGCAACACAAAGGAGGACAUCGAAAGAUCAGUUCCAGGAGUCUCCAAGAUGCAGCUCAAACUCCUUUUCUGGGCAUCCCACUGGAUGGCACCCUGUCACCACCCAAUUUCCAGGAACCCCAGCUUGGUAGCAAUGGGACCUUGCUGCCGCCCAAUGUCGUUUAUAUCACCCUGCGGUCCAAGCGCAGCAAGCCUGCCAACAUCAGAGGCACAGUGAAGCCAAAGCGCAGGAAGAAAAAUGCAAUCCCUUUGUCCUAUGGGCAGCACUUUCCAAAAGCCACUUUUAUGGGCUGGGAAGAGGCCUUUGCCCAACAGCCAGGGCAGGCCACACGUGCCGCAGGCACAAAGGGACCGGCGAUCGCUCUGGAGGCAAGAAAGUACCAACUGGAUGAACACAGGCAUAAAGGAAUGGCUAUCAGGGAGAGAGGUCACCAGAGACCUGGGUGGAUUUCUGAAGCUGUAAAGGCACAGCUCCAGCCUGAGGAAAGCAAUAUCAGGAUUUAUAGCGAGAGCCCUCCCUCAUGGAUGAGCAAAGAUGACAUCCUAAACAUGCGCAUGCUGGCAGACUCUCCCAUCCAGGGCAUUCAAAAAGUACCUUCGCACAAAGCAGUCCUUGCAGUAUUUGCAAGAGGUCCCAGCACUACGGGAACUGCUUGUAAUCAGGGAUACUGUGGAAUUGUCAAAAGACCUCUCGACAUGAGUGAGGUGUUUGCCUUUCAUUUGGACAGGAUCUUGGGGCUAAACAGGAGCUUACCUUCUGUAAGCAGGAGAUCAGAGUUCUUCCAAGGUGGUCAAGCCUGUCCUGUUAUUCUCUGGGAUUCCUCACUGAGUCCAACAGAUAACAGUACCCAUUCUUCAGUGAGGUUAACAUGGGGACAAUAUCAGCAGCUACUGAAAAAGAAAUGCUGGCAGAAUGGUAAAGUUCCCAGAACUGAGUGGGGCUGUACUGAAAUUCAUCAUCAUGAAUGGUCCAAGAUGGCACUCUUUGAUUUUCUGUUGCAGAUCUAUAAUCGACUAGACAGAAAUUGUUGUGGAUUCAAACCUCUCAAAGAGGAUUCCUGCAUGCAGCAAGGACUGAAGCUGAAAUGCAAUGAUCAGGAUGCUGUUGACCUGACACACAUCGUUCAGAGAAGGCAUGACCAAAGGCACUUGGCCUUUAUAGACAAUAAGGGUUUCUUUGACAGAAAUGAGGACAAUCUUGAUUUUAAAAUACUACAAGGAAUCAAUGAAUUCCCUGCAUCUGCAGUUUCAGUGCUGAGGAGCCAGCGUCUACGUGAGAAGUUGCUCCAGUCUUUGUUCCUUGACAAAAUAUACUGGGAGAGCCAAGGAGGCAGAAAGGGAAUUGAAAAGCUUAUUGAUGUAAUAGAAACGAGGUCCAAAAUUCUUCUUACUUAUAUAAAUGCACAUGGAGCAAAAGUAUUGCCCAUGAAUGAAUGAAACAGUCUUGUUUCCAUCUGAAGAAGAUCUUAAAAAAAUGUUUUAUGGGGCAGAAACUGAUAGUAAAAUUGAUUUAAUUCAUAGCAUUAUUUUUUCCCCAAACUUUUAAGUUUACUUUUAAGUAAGAAAUCUUACAUGGUUUAAAAGCAACAUUUAAGUGUCAGCUGCAGCUCAACACAGUGUAGUCUCUUCUAUGUCACCAGUGAAAUGAAAAAUAACCGAAUGAUAAUAUGCAGUAAUAUGUAGGUACCAUGAACACUCUUUGUAUUGAAGUGUUUGGAAAUUAGCAACAGGAUUCUCAGUACGUUAACCUGUAUUGCUCUUACUUCCCUCAUUGAAGUCAGUAGAUUUUAUUGCAAACUUAAAUGGGAAAAGAGAUGUGUAAGCCCUUGAUACAUUGAUGGCACUUGCUGAAACAUAUAUAGUAUAGGAAUUUAUUCUUUUAUUAGGUAUACUAAAAUGCCAAAAUUUCCAAGGGCUUCUUUUACUUUAUUUUAUUUUGAUCUUUUGAAAUAUAAGAACUAAAUUCAGCUCUUUUAAAUGCAGGAGUGUUUGCGCUGGACAUGAGGAAAUUUUAAAAACAGAGUGAGGAGAACAUGGCUUUAACAAUAACAAUUAUUUUGACAAAUAAAAUUUUUACUUGUCCAGUAUGGAGUACAAUUAAUCAUGACUCACUCAUUGCAAUGUAUUUUUUUCAAUGCAAAUUGUUUUGAUGUGGGGGUGGAUGAUCUGGUAUUCUCUGUCAGUUGAUUAACUGGGUAUUUUUUUUAAAAAACAGCUUUAGCUUUGUGUGAAUAUGCUGCUGAAUAAGUACGUGCUUUGUUUUUGCAAAAUAUUUGACAGCAUUUUUUGAGAAUAUUAUCAAAAAGCAGACCUCCUAACAAGACUGUUGUUAAACCUAGCAGAGGAAAUGUUUAUUGUGUAUGCUCAGCUCUAGCCAGCAAUUCAAGCUUGGGUUUCCAUUAAGAUUGACCACUGCGGGGUGAUGGCUGCAACUGAGAACUUGCCCCAAGUGUUCCCACAAAUAUGGUUGUUAGGGAAGGUUGGAUAAGCACUCCAGAUUUUAACCCUUGAGAUGCUCCAGAAAAUAAAUAUAAACUGACACAGACUAUCAUCGCAUCAACCUUCUACCUGACUGUUUAGAAAAACUCUUAUCAUCUUUCUAGAGAAAUAUCAUCUUUUUGCCAUGAGGUAAUGGUAGAAGUUGGAUACUUUCAUAGCUACUCUUGGCUUUAUGUGUUGUAAAAAUAUAUAGGGUGUGAAAGAAUUUUAAAACUGCUGGUGUAAUGUCAUUAAUGACAACCUAAAAUGUCUAAUGUCACUGCUAAUGUGGAUGGGUGAAUUUAAUAUUUUAAAUUACUACAAUUCCACUGCAGAUAAAAUCAGUUUUCUUUCUUAGUAUCAGAAAACCCAUUAACAAUAAUUGAAUUACUAGAAGAAAGAAAUCUCAUUAUAGGUAGAGUUAAAAAGACUUAGUAAAAUUUUAAGACCUUAUUCAGCUAAAUAGUCUUUUCUUUUAUGUUGUCAGCAAAGGACAGAUCAAUUUGUUAAAACUUCCUAGAACUUAACCAUUGCCUCAAGAGAAUGUGUAUUAGAGUGUCUUGGACUUUUUAACACCAAGGUAGAAUUUUACAGGAUUUUCAAAUUAUCUCUUUCUUUAGAGUGUUGUAACUUAUUAGCCAGAUAAUUUUCAUCACAGAAACAAAAAUAUUACUUUGGCUUGCACUGUGACAAGAGUCUAGAGAAAUAAACAAUCAUCAGGAUACAUUUCACAUGGAAUUCCCAUUGCAGUGGAUUUCACUCUGUAUUGGUCAUCACAAACAGUUUGUCUCAUUUUCCAGCCUAUCUCACAGGUUUCUUCCUGCUAGAUAUCUGUUCUAGCAAACAAAUUUAUUAUCCCUCACUGCUGGGAGUGAGAGAAAGGCACGACUCUCAGCAGCACAGAGCUUAGGAGAGGGCCCAGUAGAGUUGUGAAUGUAGCUGAUUAUGACAAGGUCCCCAUGAGAACUCUGUCUUCUGUCUUUAGUCUGCACAUCCUGAUGCUGAGUCUUUGCCCAGUUGUAAUUUCUUUCCAGAAUUGGCUCAUUGCUGAAGAAGACAAGGAAAUCCAUUAUCUUUCCAGGCUGGAUCAUUUGUUUUGAAUGGUCAUAACUUGAUGCAUUCUUCUCCAUUUCUUCUGGACAUGGACUAGUGUUUCCUUGAGCGUGAUACAUGCUUUUUUAUUUGCCUGGCAGUUCAGUGCCAGCUCUUAAAGCAGCAAUAUAAUUGCCUAUGAAAUUGCCCUGAAGCUGACCUGAGCCAAUGCCUUUCAGUAGUCCUGGAUUUGAGAGAACUGAGUAGCCACAAUGCUGUGCGUUACUUAAAAAUCUGACCAAGCAUGAAAAGUGUAACUGUAAAAAGCAAAAUUUCUGGAGAGUUUCCAAGGGCAAAGAAAUACUCCCUAUGCUGUGUUAGCGUGCCAUAUUUCAUGUAAAAACACUCUUGUAGUCUUCAGGUAAGCCAGGAGACUCUGAGAUUGGACAGUGAGACAGGAUUGCAGGUUGCUUCUUGUUCUUUCAUGUUGAUAACAAACUCCAGAAAGUGCUUUUUAUCCUGCUGCUGUGGAGCUUGGUACGUAAUCCAGUACCAUUAAUAAUGCAAAAUACGAUUGCAAUAGCUCUUAUGAAUGCAUACUAGCCAAGUUCUAGCAUUUUUUUAAAUGAAAAUGAAGAAUUCUAUAUUUUUUGAGUGCAUUUGCAUAAAUGCUAUAGUAAAAAAUACAAAAGGAGCACUUUCAGGUUUUUUAUUCUCUGCUACUACAUUUAAAAUACCUGCUUCAGUGACAUGGGUAAAGUUUAUUGGGAAAUUGGUUCACGUCCUUUGGAAGUAGCAUGACUUUGGACUGACAGGAGCUGCACUGUAGCUAAAAUAAUAUCAAUUGAGAGGAAAAUCCAGAAGAAGCCUUAUUCAACCUAUGGUGAUUGAUAGAAAGCCAAGAAACUGUGCUUUAGUCCUCUUUGCUGGGCUGUAUUCCAUUUCUGGGCAUAUGGGAUCAGACAAGGAUUCAUGUUGCACAUUAUGUGGAAGGUUGUAACCAACAGCAACAGUGCAAAACCUGUGGGUGGGAAAAGGCGAUUAUGUCAUUCUUGAAUCUGCCUAAAAGCCAGAACCACAUGAAAUGGAAUUACUAAGAAAGUCAAAAGAGUUUGCUCUCAAUAGAGUUUGAGAUUUCAUAACACUGGAAGACAGAGCUUAAAAUAAGUAGCACAGGCACAGAUGCCUUAAAAUUCCUUGGGAGCCUGCCAUCAAGUUAGUAGUCUUAAAUGUUUCAGAAGCUGAGGACAUGAAAACUGUGUAGCACUAUGAGAGCAGUUUCCUUCUUUUCUUGUCUGGGUAUUCUAUAAAACACCAUAUUAAAAUAAACAAACAAAUAAAAAAGCAGAUUAAUUCCGUGAUUUCAAACUAACAAAUGCAGAUUCAGGGUACAUUAAGGGAUAAGGUUCCCACAGGAAACCUGGGAACACUUUCAUGUGUAUGUUUGUAUGCAGAUACAAAAAUACAUGUAUUUAUACUUUGGCUUGUUUCUAUAAAAUGGUCAAUUUAGCUAAUAAAGAGUGAGCUGUUUGUAUAAUUUACUGUUUAUGUAAAUUAUAUGAAGAAUUGUAUUUGUGAACCUAAGUCCAAUUUCAGGUAUACACAAGUUGAAGUUUAAGCAAAAUAAUGGAUAAAAUUUUGUCCUCAAAGGAUUAACUCUUCUUUUGCUAACACAUUUAUAUACUCUUAAAAGUUUUUUACUGACAGUUGUAGAGUAAAACAGCAGUAUGUAUCUGUGCUAAACUUCCAGAGUGAUAUCAACUCAGAUGUCUCUAAAAGUUUUAUACUAGAUACAGAAUUUCCAUUUUAUUUUUGAAUUUGUGAAUUUUAAAAGUCUAUUUGUCCUUUAAUUAGUAACAGUGUUUUCACAAGUAAUGGCUCAUUUAAAUCUCUGCUGCUAUUGUCAUGUAAUAUGUAGGAAUAUACAAAAUAAAGAAAUAUCUUUAUCAGAUUUUCAGUUCAGAUCUCUAAGUAGCAAUAAAAAAAUCCUAAUAGA